UCGAGUGUGUAAUAUGCCACGCGAAAUUCAAGCACAAACACAGUUUAUUGAGACACUAUAACGUUCACGUGGCGGACGUGAAGAAAUCGAGCAACUUUGAACGCGAAGAGAGGUCGGCUUGACAGGCGAAACUGGAGAACCGGAUGCGUGAAAAGAGAAGUUAUUGGCUGCAACUUUAUCCAAAGAAUGAAAAUACGAUCGAGGUACAGCAACCGCUACUAGCAACCAAUUCAAGAAACCGAAGCAUCUUCCAAUCCAGUCGAAUGACACGUGGACAGUUAACGUACAAAUGUACAAAUUGCAAUCGUUCCUACAUGAGAAUGUCUUGCUUGAAGCGGCAUUUACGAGUUGAGUGUGGACAAGCACCGAAAUAUCAGUGUAAAAUAUGUCAUGGUUGGUUCAAAUAUAAGCAUAACUUGACGGCACAUUGGAAACUGCACGUCGAGGAGCCGAAAUAUAAUUGCGACCUAUGCCCAAAAAAGUUUUACAGACGAGACAGAUUGCUGGAACAUCAAAAGAGGUUGCAUAAUAUUCUCCCAAUGUUAUGAGAUUCUCAUUGGAUUUACAGACGUUAACAAAACAAUCUUGCAAACUUUCAACUCUAUAUGCUGCCUUUCGAAAGAUGCCAACAACGCUCUUACAUUUUGUUUCACGUUGUAUCCCAGUUUAAUCGAUCGUCGUGUUUGAUCUAUCAUUGAGAAACGGUAUGUAAUAAUUCGACCAGGAAACAGAAAAAGAAGCGGAAAGAAAGAAAAGAGCAAGAAAGCACGCAGGAACAAUAUCCACGUGCUUCGUAAUCGGUACAAAUCGGUUAUUACGAAUGCCAUCCAGUUUGAACAGAAAAUUCCGACGAAUCGCUGAUCGUUAAUUGGCCAUUUUCUUCUAUUAGAUAUUUGCGCUGCCUUAUUCUUAUGAGAUUAUGUAUGUAUGUAUUUACAUAUGUAGCUCUUGGGUAUGCCCAUUAAUCUCACCAAAGAAUCGAAUAUAAGUUUGCAAGCCCGUGAGUUAAGUUUAUGCAGUGAUUUCUUCUCUUAUAGUACUUGCGCGCGGAUAAAGCUUGUAGAAACGUAUGCUGCAAAACGCAAGAUACGAAAUCGUUCCAGAUUUAAUUUUGUUACGAAUCAGUAUAUCGUUGUUGUUGUUGUUGUUACUCUUAAAGUAUUGUAGGAAAGACGAUAAAAUUGAAGCGUUAUAGUUGCUCUUUCCUACAACAGUGCAAUGUACGCCUCGAAUAAAUGACAAUAUAUACGAAU